AUGCAGUCGACAAAGGCAGAAUGGGACCAAUCUGCGCUAACGCCGAAUCAGAUCGCCGAGGCGUAUCGAGCAUCUAUGAACGAGCAUCGCAUGACCUUUUUCGAAGCAUUUCAGAGCUAUAAGAAGGCACUUUUCUGGAGUGCUGUUAUGGGACUUACCAUCAUCAUGGAAUCAUAUGAUCAGAUCCUUAUCAGCUCCUUUUAUGCCCUACCCGCCUUUCAGAAAACUUUUGGGUUCGAAACGUCGGACGGCUCGUACCAAGUGUCAGCUCCUUGGCAAUCAGCCCUUACACUUGUUCAGAAUGUUGGGCUCAUCAUUGGCAUUUUUGCUAAUACAUUUCUUGUCGACCGCUAUGGUAAUAUCGUCCUGGUUCAAAUAGCACUCGUCUUCGUUGCUGGCUUUGUGGCUAUCCUCUUCUGCGCCAAGUCGGCCGUUAUGCUUCUUGUGGGGGAGAUUCUCCUUGGAUUCCCACUGGGUACCAUCAACACAAUUGCUCCGGCUUACUGCAUUGAAGUUGCACCGCUCGCCUUGCGUCACUAUGGUCCAACUUAUAUUAACCUAUGCUGGGUCUUUGGGCACAUUAUUGCCACGGGCAUCCUCCGGGCCUAUGCUGAUAAUUCUACGGAAUGGGCCUGGAGAGUCCCUUAUGCAAUUCAGUGGAUUUGGCCGGUACCCUUAUUCAUUUGUUUAAUUUUCGCUCCAGAAUCCCCAUGGUUCCUUGUCCGCGCGGGGAGGCAUGAUGAAGCACUGAAAGCUCUUGACCGCCUCUCACACAAUGUUGACAAUCGCGAGACGCUUUCGCUGAUUCAACACACGGUGAUAUUGGAGCAACAGCUUGAGUUUGGUUCUUCGAUCUGGGACUGUUUUAAAGGUACGGAUCUACGUCGUACUGAGAUUGCGUGCAUUACAUGGUCCAGUCAAAUCUGGACACAAUUUGCCCUCGCUUCGGGCACUUAUUUCUUUGAAAUUGCUGGUCUCCCAACGACGGACUCGUUUGACCUAGGCAUCGGACAAUACGGAAUGGCAGGCCUUGCGACCAUGAUUUCCAUGGGCCUCCUCGAAAGAGUGGGCAGGCGUACGCUCUGGCUCUGUGGACUUGCGGCCAUGCUUGUGCCCAUCGUUUCGAUAGGCAUACUGUCUUUGCUUCCAUACCAAACACCCGCUGUUGUUUGGCCCCAAGGGGUCUUCAUACUCGUGAGGUUCUUCGCUUAUGGAAUCUCUUGUGGUCCAAUUCCAUUCGUUUAUUGUGGCGAGAUCAGCUCAGUCAAACUUCGACAAAAGACAUUGGCUCUUUCACGUAACUUUUACAACAUCGUUAACCUGGUCUCAUCUUGUGUAUCGCCGUACCUCAUCAACCCUACUGCAGCAGAUUUGAAGGGUAAAACUGCUUGGAUUAGCGCGGGACUGACGGUAUUGAUUGGAAUAUGGAGCUACUACCGCUUCCCAGAGACCAAGGGCAGGAGCUUCGAGGAGCUUGAUAUUCUUUUUGCCAAACGAGUUCCUGCGCGAAAGUUCAAAUCCUACCAGAUAAGAAUCGAGGAGGAGUUCGGACUGACUGACGAAAAACCGGCCGUAACGACAAUUGAUUGA